AACACAUUUAUGAUUUCAUAUUGUCAACUACCAAGUGUCAGAUAAUUCAUUUAUAUAACUCGGAUGCGUCACCUUUCUCUUAGAAUGUUUUGUGUUGCGUGUUAGCUAAUUUGUUUAACAGAUCAAAAGGUUUAGUUAGCUAAGCUUAGCUGAGAUUGAUUAGCCUUCCCAGCUAACGCGAGCUUCACCAGACUACCUCACAGCUUCAGCAUGGAGGCAGAAGUUGAGUUUUUGCGUGAUCAAGUCCACAGGUUAAAUUCUGCACUCAGCCAGUAUCAACAUGGGCACUCCACUCAGUCCGCCUCAUCUCAGCAGGUUGAGGAGGCGAGACGGGCAGAGUCUCCUGCACUCUGGAUCUCAGAUAGAAGUGUAAUGGCUCCUCUGAUAGCGGAGUAUGACCGGCACAUGGAUGAAAUGACUGAGCAGCUGCAAAGAUACCAGGUGCUGAUGGCAGACGUCAAAAUGAAGUUGGAGAGCGUUGUCAAGGAGAACGAAAGGCUGCAUGCUGAGCUGAGGGAGUCUGUUGAGAAGCAGCUUCAUGCCCUGCCUGUGACUUCAGGGGUGGAAGGCAGCACUCUGGAGGAGGAAGCAGUCAUCAGGAACCUCCAAGAACAGGUCCAGCUGUCUGAACAGGAGCGGGUUCAGGCCAUAGAGCUGUGGCAGACAGCAGCCCAGGAGCUGGACCGCCUCCGACAGGUCUACCAGAAGACCAUCUCUGAUGGACAGAUCCACGAUGCUCAGAGAUUACAGUUCAAGGAUCAGCUUGUUCAGUUCCAGCAGCACACACACAAACUUCAAGUGGCAAAUCAGAAACUGGAAUCGACUAACCAGCAUUUCCUGAAGACGGUGACAGAGCAGAGCACAGAGAUGGAGGAGCUACACAGCCAGCUCAGACAGGCCAAGGCUGAGUUGAGGACAGCCACAGCCAAAGUGGAUGAGAUGACCAAAUUGCUGCAGAAUGUCCAGGACCAGAUGCAGAGACGGGAGGAAGAUGUGGCAGAGGCUCAGGGCCGAGAGGAUGCAGCAGACAGAAGGCUCCAACAGCUUCAGGCUGCCUUGAGCCAGCUAGAGGCCAGGCUAAAAGUUGCAACUCAGGAGGCAGAAUCAGUUCGCAGAGAACAAACUAUGUGGGAGAGAAAGGUGGGGGAGCUCCAGGCACGUUGCACCACCCUGGAAGAGGAGAAGUAUGAGGCCCUGGCCAAAGUCCGAGAGAGUGUUCAGGUGGCCGAGGAGGCUGCAUUGCAGAAGGACCAGGCCCUGUUAAGAGAGAAACAGAAGACAGAGGAGCUGGAGAAGACAAAGGAGGCCAUCAAACAGUUGAUCCAGGAUGCUGCAGUCCGCACUAGAAAAGAGGUGGAUAAUGUGCGCAAGCAGUGCAACGCUCAAAUCCACCGUAUGGCCGAGGAGCUGUCUGCACUGCAGCUGGAGUGUGCAGAUAAAGAGUCUCAGAUUGAAAGGUCCCUGCGAGAGAGGAAAGCUGUAGAGGAGGAGCUGGAGAAGGUGUAUAAGGAGGGAAGGGCAGAGCCAGAGUUCAGGAAAAUUGAUGCCCUUCACCAGAGGUGUCUUGAUGCAGAGAGGAUGAAGGAAGACAUGAGUCUCACUCUGCAAAGCACCCAGAACAAAUUGAAAAAGAUGGAGAUGGACUACAGCGAGGAGCUGUCACGGUGCCAGGAGGAAGUGCGGCGGCUGCAGGGCUCUCUGGCUGCAGCCCGGGACGACUGUGUCAGCGUCAGCGAGGAGCGGCUCCAGCUGCAACAGGAGAACUUGCAGCUCUGCAGGGAGAUGGAUGAGCUGCGCAAGGCCAGCCUGCUGGUCCAAAAGAAGGCCAAACAACAGGUGUCACAGAUGGAGCAGGAGUACAGCCUGAAGGAGCAGGGACUCGACGCACGGGUGCGCGAGCUGGAGGAAAGCAGCCGAAGCUCUAGCGCUGAUCUGACGCGUCUCCUUACAGCGCAGCAGAAAAGUACCCAGCGCUGGAAAGAAGAGGCCAAGAACCUGGUUCAGGCCUUCGAGACUAAAAUCACAGUCCUCAAGGCAGAGCUGAAUCGACAGAAGCAGCGUUCACACGAACUAGAGAUUCAACUUGAAACUGACCAUAAUACCAUUGCAGAGUAUGAGAGGCAGCUAGCAGAGUAUCAAGAGAAGACGAGUCGUCUCCAGAGACGACUGACACAAGCUGAACAAAGGACAACUACUGCUACACAACAACUGAGUAUGUUGGCGUCGCAGCGAAGGAAAACCGCCAUGGUUGAUCUAGAGACUGUAUAACGCCGACUGUCACUGUGCUCAAUGUAGUCAUGUGUGUUUAGAACAUGUUGCUCUUUUUGUUUAAAUAUCAUUAUUUUGGCCAAAGGCAUAAGACAGCAAUGGUGUUGUCAGUGCUCUGGUGAUUAAAUGGGAACAUGUUCAAAGUGGAUACACUUAUGUUGUACCAAAGGUUUUGUGGCGAAUUGUAUUCAUAAGGAUGGAAUAAUGUAUUUUGUGUAAUAUGUAAAAUAAACACCUUCAGAAUACA